AUGGGAAACAAUUAUUUUGAUGGAAUAUUACCAAAAUCCUUGGGUAAUUUGUCAACGUCUGUUGAAAUUUUUUAUGCCCGUCAUUGUGGUAUUAAAGGUAUCAUUCCGAAUGAAAUUGGUAAUUUGAGCAACUUGAUAAAGUUAGACAUUGGAGACAAUAAAUUGACCGGAAGAAUUCCUGACAUUUUGGGUCAAUUAAGAAAAUUGCAAAGGCUAAUACUCAGAGUCAAUAAACUACAGGGACCAGUAUUUGCCAACCUUGGCGAUUUGGUACAUCUGUAUUAUCUUGAUCUGGGAAAUAAUAAGCUUUCUCAACAGUUUCCAAAGUGUUUAGCUCCAGAAAUUGGAAACAUUAAGAGCAUGCGAGGGUUAUAUCUAUCGGGAAAUCAAUUCUCUGGUGAUAUUCCAAGCACUAUAGGACAACUUCAGAAUUUGGAAAAUCUAACAUUAUCAAACAAUCGGUUACAUGGUCCUAUACCUGAAUCUUUUGGUAAUUUGAUUUCAUUGAAAAUAUUGGAUUUAUCCAAGAACAAACUCAAUGGUGUAAUCCCCAAGUCAUUGGAGAAACUUCAGUACCUUGAAUAUUUCAAUGUUUCGUUCAAUGACCUCACUGGUGAAAUUCCAAAUGGAGGGCCAUUUAAGAACUUCAUGUCAGAAUUUUUCAUGGGCAAUAGAGAAUUGUGUGAAGGAUCUCAAUUUAAGGUCAAGCCAUGCAAAUUUUAUUUAAUAAGACAUCAUCGCAGAAAUACACUUCUUCCAAGUCAAUCUACUCCCCCCAUCACUGUUAAGAGGAUUUCAUAUUAUGAAGUGCUAAAUGCUACAAAUAAAUUUGGUGAAGAGAAUCUGAUUGGCAAAGGCAGUAUAGGUUCAGUGUACAAGGGAAUAUUUUCAGAUGGAAUGAUUGCCGCUAUUAAGAUUUUUAAUCUGGGUUUGGAAGAUGUGGCAUCUGCGCUAGAGUAUCUACAUUAUGGGUAUCCCUCUCCAAUUGUCCAUUGUGAUUUGAAACCAAGCAACAUACUUUUAGAUGAAAAUAUGGUUGCCCAUGUUGCAGACUUUAGCAUUGCCAAGCUUUUCAUUGAAGACCAGAGAAUUUCAAUUACCAAGAUGUUAGGUACCAUUGAAUAUAAGGCUCCAGAGUACGGAUCAACUGGAUUAGUAUCAACUAUGGUGGAUGUUUAUAGUUAUGGGAUUAUGCUGAUGGAAACAUUUACCAAGAAGAAGCUAACAGAUAAUAUGUUUGUCGGAGAGUUCACAAUGAGGAAAUGGGUGCUUGAAUCAUUCCCAGAUGCAAUAAUGCACGUAGUGGAUGUCGAUUUAGUGAAUGCUGCUGAAGAUAAUAUUCAAGUGAAGGAGAGCUGCUUCAAAUUAAUCAUGGGACUAGCACUACAAUGCACGAUUGAUUUGCCAAAAGAGAGGCUCAUUGCAAAAGAUGUUCUAACAAGGCUCAAGAAGACCAAAACUUAA